CUGCAACAGCAUCAGCUUUCUUUCAAUCCGGUAUUAAACCAGCAAUCUCAUCAUGAACUUUAACAAGAUCUUCGUCUUCGUGGCCGUCAUCCUGGCAAUCAGCUUGGGAAAUUCCGAGGCUGGCUGGCUUAGGAAGCUGGGGAAGAAAAUUGAACGCAUUGGCCAACAUACUCGAGAUGCCACCAUUCAGGUCAUCGGAAUUGCUCAGCAAGCCGCCAAUGUGGCAGCCACCGCUCGAGGUUGAUAUCAAAUCGUG